AUGGAAAUCGCAGAAAUGGUCGAGCGUAGAAGGAUUGACAUCUGCUGCCUUUGGGAAAUCCGAUGGAAAUCGAAUGGUGUCUGUCAUGUCAACUCAGACAAAGAAAAAUAUAAACUAUUCUGGAAUGGUCAAAAGACGGCCAAAAAUGGUGUUGCCCAAGAAAUACAGGAUAUUAAAAGGAUUAAUUCACGUCUCCUGUGGAUCAAGCUUCGCCUAGAAAAGCAAACAAUGAUUUUUUUUUCUGCAUACGCACCACAGACAGGCGAAUCAGAAGAGAUGAAAAAUGACUUCUGGGCUGCGUUCUCUGACACCAUCUCAACAAUACCAAAAUCUGAAACAAUCCUGAUUGGAGGCGAUCUCAAUGGCCACAUUGGA